GUUUACAUUAGCUCUUCGGCCAUUUUGGAUAGGUGCGGAAGUAGACGCGAUCGAGAUCACCAAAGAUUUCUUUUAGUCCAAGAAUCUCAUCCUUAUUUCUCUGAUUGCCGUGUCUGUCUUGUUGCCAUAAACUCUGGAUAUCGUGGAUUACAAUCACAUGAAUGUAUUACCGGGAGUAUAUUUUGGAAUGUAUUCUCCUGUGCGGUAGGAAACAUUAUUUUUAAGGACACAACAUCUUGGAUUUUUAACUCGCGCUAGUCCGCAGUACAGUGCCCUUGGAUUGAGCUCGCCGCAGCCGUGUGUUCUCCAGUGGACAGGCUCACUGUGUGCUAGCGGGUUCGCUCGCGGAGAUUAGCCUGCUCGACUCUUACAACCAGUUGAAGAAUUGAAACUAAAAAAGUAAUCGAGUAGGACCUCUUGCUACUUCACUACCAUUUCAGUCAAUCCACCAUAUUUCUCUCAAACAGGUCCUGACACAGAAAUCAAGAUUUUACGUCCACAAAUCAUUACGGUGGAGGGACGGCUGGGCAACAAUGGCCGGGCCCCCGCCGGCCAUGGGGGCAGCAGCGGGCGGCACCACGCCAGGUCCAACAGUGGCUCCUACAACGUGAGGUCCAACGAGAUGGCUCGCGAGAAGCAGGAACGGAGGAUGCGCUGCCUCGUCGAGUUUCUGGACAAUUCUGAGCAGAUCUUUGAAGUUGAGAGGAGAGCAAAAGGACAGGAGCUUUUGGACCGAGUAUUUGAGCAUCUUGAACUCUUAGAAUGUGACUACUUUGGUCUGCGUUACUCAGAAACAGACAACACAGUGGAUUGUAAUAAUAAGAGGUGGCUGGAUCCAAGAAAAUCAAUCCGAAAACAAGUCAAAGGUACUCUAUAUUUCCAUUUCCAAGUGAAGUUCUUUGUAACGGACCCCAGUAAAUUACUAGAGGAAUACACUCGCUACCAAUACGUGCUCCAACUCAAGAAAGACCUACUAGAAGGAAGGUUGACCUGUUCAUUCGAUAUUGGCACAUUACUAGCAUCAUACCUUGUACAAGCUGAGCUUGGAGACUACGACCCUCAGGACCACCCAGACGGCUAUAUGUCUCAAUUUAGAUUUAUUCCAUUCCAAACAGAGGACUUUAUUAAUGAAGUACAACAUCAACACAAAGCAAACUUCGGCCAGCUUCCGGCAGAUGCGGAGUUUCACUUUCUUAACACGGUGAAGAACCUGGAGCUAUAUGGGGUAGACCUUCAUCAUGCAAGGGACACCCUAGGUUCCGAGAUCGACAUUGGAGUGGUAUCAGCGGGUCUGAGCAUAUUCCAGAACGGUGUCAGAAUAAAUCAGUUCUCAUGGGCAAAGAUUGUCAAGAUCUCUUUCAAGAGGAAGCAGUUCUUCAUUCAGCAGAGAAGAGAAAUCGGUGAAACGAGAGAUAUGGUUAUAGGGUUUAACAUGACCAGCUACAGGGCGUGUAAAAACCUGUGGAAGUCAUGCGUAGAGCAUCAUACGUUCUUCAGAAUGGUAGACCCUCAACCUCCUGCAAAAAGGAGAACGUUCUUUCAGCUAGGAUCAAAGUUCAGAUAUAGUGGUAGGACGGAGAGUCAAACGAUGGAGGAGACAAAGAAGAGGUUAGCGGAAAAAGAAAUUAGCAGGUCAUCGCCUAACAAGAGGGCAUUCAGACGGACAAUAGGGGGAACGGUAGCCGAGGUCAUCAGAACAGAGACAAGAAGUCUACCAUCAAGAACAACCCAAAAAUACAAGCCCCUCAAAGACAAUCACCGAGUGCCAAGUUUUGAUGGCAAGAUUCCACCUUCGCCCAAUGGGAAGCCUAGAGAGAAUGGGUUAUCAAAGAGUGCGGAAAUGCUCAACGUUCCUCCCCAAAUGACUUACAUGGAUGAUAAUGGAGGGAGUGAUGUUAGUAUAGGUACAGGCAACUCUUAUGAGGUUCUUAGUAACGGUUACAAAUCGCAAACCAAUGGUGAUGCCUUAGUAGUGAUUCGUAUGUUGCCUGACGAUAGAGGGCGCUUUGGUUUCAACGUCAAGGGCGGGGCAGACCAGGGGGCACCUAUCAUUGUAUCAAGAGUAGCACCAAACACACCGGCCGACCUUUGCAUACCCCGUUUAAAUGAAGGUGACCAGAUUCUUCAAAUCAAUGGCAAGGAUGCAUCUACAUUCACCAAUGAACAUCUGGUCUCUACCAUUCGAGCCUUAGGGGAGGCCAGGACCAAAGAUCUUGUCCUCACAGUCAGACCAAACGUUUAUGUCGGUGAGGAGGUAGAAGAACCCGUCUUUCAGUACAUCCCAGAGAGUCCGAGGGUAGUCAACGGAGAGAUCGACUCCCUUACGGAGUCAUUCAUGCUCCUACAAGAAGGCCUUGAUAGCGGCAUGGCAAUAGCACAAUUUGAUCAAUUAUAUAGGAAAAAGCCUGGUAUGACAAUGGGGGCCUGCCGAUUAGCGGAGAAUGUUGCCAAAAACAGAUAUAGAGACAUCGCGCCUUAUGAUGCAACAAGAGUCAUAUUACGGGAGGCAGACACGGGGGAUUAUAUCAAUGCCAAUGUCAUCAAUAUGGAUAUCCCCGGCCUUGAUCUUGUUAAUAAGUACAUCGCCGCUCAGGGGCCUUUACCGAACACAGUCAACGAUUUCUGGUACAUGGUCUGGGAGCAAAGGUCAACACUCAUUGUCAUGCUUACGACUAAUGUUGAGAGGGGGCGGGUCAAAUGUCACAAGUACUGGCCAGACCUUGACGAUAGGCUCAAGUUUGGUCCUGACCUUGAGGUCAGAUGCACAAGAUGUGAUGAGUCCCCAUCAUUUGCCUACAGGGAUUUUAUCAUCUGCAAUACAGCUACUAAAGAAGAGAGGAUAGUCCUUCAAAUGCAGUACGUAGCCUGGCCUGACCAUGGAGUGCCUGACGAUUCAUCAGAUUUCUUAGACUUUGUUUUUAGAGUACGACAAUGCCGAGUAGGAAUGGACGUGCCAACUAUUGUUCAUUGCAGUGCUGGUAUUGGAAGGACGGGAGUAUUGAUUACCAUGGAAACAGCAAUGUGCCUGAUAGAAGCCAACGAGCCCGUGUACCCUCUUGACAUCGUAAGGACGAUGAGAGACCAACGGCCGAUGCUCAUCCAGACCGCUGCUCAGUACAAGUUUGUUUGUGAAGCCAUUAUCAGAGUCUAUAUGGAUGGUAUUGUAAAGCCUUUAGAGGAUCAGAGAUCGUGAGGGAACUUGAAACAUCAAAGUCUUCCAUCUAAGUAAAGUCAUCUUAUUGCCAGAUCUUUUUACAUCAGCUAACGACAACAAAUUGUCAAAUGUUAUCCCCGUCCUCUUCUGUAAUCUAGAAGUGCAACCAAGCAACCAGACGAAAGCAUCACAUGGUGUUAGCAACGUUACGUGACAGACAGUGAUAGACUAUAUCUCUCUAAGUUGUGUAGUGCUAGCAUUGUGUUGUUUUUUACAUUGCAUCAAAGUUAUGCAAGCGUUACAAUGUUAUGUACGUGACAUUGUGUCACACAAUCGUUAUGACGCGUGUUACAUUAUGCUAUCGUGACAAUGUUACACUACAUGUUACAUUUGCAUUGCAACUUGUGUAACAUUUACACUUUGUUAUGCUAUCAUUAAUAUGUGUUACAUUAUGUAACAGUGUGUCUGCACGCACAUUCUGUUAGUGCUACAUGAUAACACGUCACAACCGUGUUCGUUACUUGGCAUUGAUACCAUGUGUGUUGCGUUAGAUAGGUGUUAUGCCGUGCUACAAGAGAAAGGAUUGAAAAGAUAUUUGAGAUGAGAUUUGAAAAAAUAUAAAUUUUGUAUGAAAUCUCGAGGCCUGGUGCUCUAUAUUUUGAUUUGUUUUUGUAUUAGAUUAUUUUUGCGAAAGAUGAAAACCCUGUCUGUAUGUACAUGUAUAUGAUGUAUGUAAUAUGCUUCGGCAAUUAUCGUCAAGGCAUCCACGUUUGAUUAGCUUUCAUAUUGAAGCACCUCAAUGAAAUACUUGUAUGUAGCUGAUUUUGUACCCGUAACUUUCAUUUAAAGCCAGCAAAUGCACUCUGAUGCAUCAAGUAUUAUUAGACGUGGAUAAAUUAAGUCACCCUGUUCUUUCAAAUAGAGAUAUUUUGACACCAUGCAUAAUUAUAUCUUUCACUUAAGCAAGAUAUCUAUUUAAAACCAAGAUUUAUAUCUAACUGCUUAUUAUUGUAACUAUUGUUUCCUAACCCUCAGAGGGCAAAGAAAGCAUAAAAUCAAUUGCACAUACUUGUCUUACUGGUUCCAGAAAUCAUAAUGAUUAGUUCAUUUCAGCAUUUAUCUUUAAAAGUAUAUGAUUAAUAUUAAAAAA